UUUCGUUUAUGGCUUUGGUUGCUGAUGUUGAAUUUGUUUACAUUUUUAAGUAGAAAAUUUAUAGAAAAUGUGACAAAACUGAAAUGAAUUAAUGAAAUUAUAAGAAAAGUGCAAACUGUUACAGUUACUCUACACAACUGAUUUAGGUAUUGUGUCACAACAUAACCUCUAAGGUUGAUAUAAUUCAAAGUGUUACUCGCGUUGUUUAUGCAAAAUGGCUUUACAACUAUCUAGGAGAGAAGUGGAAGACCUCAGGUCUUCGCUAGACAGAGCAAUCUACAGGACAAUCGGCAAGUCGGAUAGUGCUCUGCUCUCCACAGUAUCAUCUUGUCUCACCAAUGGGUAUGAACGUCGGAAGAUAAUUGAUAGGCUGUCAUCGCAUAUUGACUCCAAGAAAGCCAGCAAAUUGGCCGACAAGGCUAUAGCAUUAGCACAAGAGCAUGUCGCCUCGUCUAAAUCACAGAAAAGGAAACAUGAGUCUUCAGACAAAGACAAGGAUAGUAAAAGGUCUCGUCAUGAUGAUAGACACGAGUCUCGAGAGGAGAGGAGAGAUAGACAUGACAGAGAGAAGGAAAGAGAUGAGAAGGAUAAGAAGGCAGACAAUGGGUUGGAACUGCCGCAGGUUUCUGAGGGGGAGACAAUUGGCUCCAAAAUGGCUGGGCUCAGUGCUGAUAAAAUAAAGCUCAUGAUGGCGAAUGCACAAAAGGAAAUAGAGGAGAGGAAGCGAGCGCUGAUGAAUUUGAAGGGCGGACAGAAAGGCAGCACAGGAGCGACACCGGCCCUCAAGCAGACCGGCGUCAUGGCUCCACCCAACGUCAUCAAACCAGUAUUGUACUCCAGGCCUGGUCAAGGGCUACAAAUGACAGCCGAAGAAAUGGAGAAACAGAAGAAAAUAGCGGAGCUCCAGGCCCGGAUAGAGAGGAAAUUAGCAGGCGGCGCGCUGGCGGCGGCGAGCGCGCUGGGCCCGGCGCCGCUCAUCCUGGACCGCGACGGCCGCACCGUCGACACCAGCGGCAAGCGUGUGCAGCUCACGCACGUCGCGCCCACGCUCAAGGCGAACAUCCGCGCGAAGCGUCGCGAGGAGUUCCGCGCGCAGCUGUCGGGGGCGGGGGCGGGCGGCGCGGAGGCGGAGAGCGGGGCGUGGGUGGACCCGCGCGUGCCCGCCCGCCCCGCCGCGCGCGCCCGCCGCGCGCUGCGCUUCCACGAGCCCGGCAAGUUCCGCCAGCUCGCCGAGCGGCUGCGAAUGAAGGCGCAAUUGGAGAAGCUGCAGAACGAGAUCUCCCAGAUCGCGCGCAAGACCGGCAUCUCGUCCGCCACCAAGCUGGCGCUGCUCGCCGCCGACGCGCCCGACACCGACCGCGUGCCCGACAUCGAGUGGUGGGACAGCGUGAUCCUGCUGUCGGCAGAGGCCCGCGGCGCGGGGGGUGCGGGGGGCGCGGUGGCGGCGGCGGCGGCGGCGGCGGCGGCGGCGGCGUGCAACACCGGCGACGCCGACAUCGCCGACAACCUCAACGAGGACGCCAUCACCAACCUCGUGGAGCACCCGCAGCAGCUGCGCGCGCCCACGGAGCCGCUAAAGCCGACGUACAUGCCGGUGUUCCUGACGAAGAAGGAGCGCAAGAAGCUGCGGCGGCAGUCGCGCCGCGAGGCCUGGAAGGAGGAGCAGGAGAAAGUGCGCCUCGGACUCGAGGCGCCGCCAGAACCCAAACUCAGGAUAUCGAACCUGAUGCGGGCGCUGGGCACGGAGGCGGUGCAGGACCCCACCGCCAUCGAGGCCAAGGUCCGCGAGCAGAUCGCCAAGCGACAGAAAACGCACCUGGAGGCCAACCAGGCCCGCGCGCUCACCAAGGACCAGAAGAGAGAGAAGAUCGACCGCAAAAUCCGCGAGGACACGUCGAUGGGCGUCCACGUCGCCGUCUACAGGAUCCGCGACCUGUUCGAGUGCGCGUCGGCGAAGUUCAAGGUGGAGGUGAACGCGCGGCAGCUGCACAUGACGGGCGUGGUGGUGCUGCAGCGCGGCUGCUGCGUGGUGGUGGCGGAGGGCGGGCCGCGCCAGCACGCGCGCUACCGCCGCCUCAUGCUGCACCGCAUCCGCUGGGAGGACGACACUGUGAAGGACGAGCGCGGCCAGGACGUGCCCAACACCUGCAAACUCGUGUGGGAGGGCCGUGCGCCGCAACGAGCCUUCGGGGAGAUCAAGUUUAAGGUGUUGCCGACGGAGAAGCAGGCGCGCGAGUUGUUCCAGAAGCACCGCGUGGAGCACUACUGGGACCUCGCGUACAGCGGGGCCGUGCUCGCCGCGCCCGACGAGGUGUAGAUCGCAGGGGCCCGUCGUAGGCCCCAGGACGCCGGGACCUCGGACUAUUCUACGCGGGAUGCCGGGGCCUCGCACUAUCGCAGGCCCCAGUACUCCGGGACCUCGAACUACCAUAGGCAGUAAAAAGAGGCCUCGCAUCAUCGCAGGCCUGUACGGCUAGGGGCAGUGCCUCUGUCGCCGCAUGUAACACAGCAAUAUAAGUUUCACUUGUGAUGUGAAAAUAAGGCCACUAAUGUGCGUACCUGUUAGUAACUUGUGAGAAUG